GACUGAGCAACCCUAGUGACAGGAGCCCAAGCAGCAGAGCAGGUUGUCCCCAUUUCCCCUCCCCUUCCCUUCUCCGGUUGAUUUCCCGGGCCCCCUACACUCCACAGUCCCAGUCCCCCCAUGUCCCAGAAACAAGAAGAAGACAACCAUGCGGAGGAGAAGCAGGACACACAAGAGAAAGAAGGUAUUCUCCCAGAGAAAGCUGGAGAGGCAAAGCUGAAGGCCAAAUAUCCAAGCCUAGGACAAAAGCCUGGAGGGUCUGACUUCCUCAUGAAGAGACUCCAAAAAGGGCAAAAAUACUUUGACUCAGGAGACUACAACAUGGCCAAAGCCAAGAUGAAGAAUAAGCAGCUGCCAAGUAUAGGACCAGACAAGAACCUUGUGACUGGUGACCACAUCCCCACCCCAUAGGAUCUGCCCCAGAGAAAGUCCUCACUCGUCACCAGCAAGCUUGCGGGCAUGUUACU